CAUGUCAACACACCUGUCAGUCAGCCCGCGAGUUUCAUUACUCAGUGUUUUGUUGUGUUUUGUAAAUUUUUAUGCAUGUUAAUAUUUGUUGUCUUAACCGUAUUAUAUCAGGUUCAACAUGACUCUAAAAGUGUGCAACUUGCAGGGUGUAACAGAUGCUCUGUUUCGUGAAUUUCUGUCACAGCCUGGGGAGAGGCAGUGGUGUAGCGAGAUACUGCAUUCUAUUGCCAAGGGAGAACGAGUAGAAACCAAAGACUUGUUGAAAAUCCCGUCGGAUAUUGCACCACUGCGAGGCUCUCCCCGAGGGUCACCUGUGAAUUCGCCUCGUAACCAUGCUCAUCUCUCACCUCUCCUGCUUCCACCUUCUCCACGCUCGCCCCUCUCUCCUCUACAGCCUUCUUCCGCCCCUCUUCCGACAACUGUUCAGUCACAAGUAGUACCUCGUAAUUCUCAACCCGUGUCUCCACCCACCAUUAUAUCUACACCCACAUCAUCGACUUCUUCCACUUUCUCUUUGGCUUUUUCUUCAAUCACCCGCUCUUUUUCUGCGUCAUUGGCAAAUGAAGUUCGCCCCAGUGCCCCAACUAACGGCCUUGGAAGGAAGCACAAUCGGCGUAGGG